CACGUGGUUUAGCUAGCUAGCUAAGUGGAUGCUUUUGGAGCAGUGGUAUCUUUGACAAAAGCUGGUUGAGAAAAAAAUAAAAAGAAAGUGAAGCUGCUGCAACUGUGGGGAUGCCACGGACCAUCCAAGUCACUGGGGGUAGCGGAGGGCUAUAUCUCGGCAGAGGACGUAACCAUGUCUGCGUGAACCCCCUUCAUUCUCUUGAACUUCGUCUUCACACG